GCAAGAGGGAGUGUCUGAGUUAGAUAUGGGUUGUACAGGUAGACAAGUCAAAGGACAUUUGGGCAGGUAGGAAAGUUUAGAGAAGUGAAAAUGUGGCUGGAGGGAGGGAAGCAAAUUGUGACACUGUUUAAAAUGUCACACUUCGAAUUAAGUUAUAAAACAGUAACCUGUUAGAAAACUCAGAUGCAACCCAUAUAAACCUGCAGCGUGUUUCUUUUAUGAUGUUUCUGCGGAACCUCUAUUCUUUAUAAUUCAUAUCAUAGUGACUGUUAAGUACACAAAGCUGCAAUUUUCCAACAAGAUCAUCAUUGCGAUAUGAUGUUAGCCUUCUGUUUAUCUGUGCUUGUGGGCCUGCUGCUGGGUGCUCUGGUGUACGUUCUGUUGACCUGGGCAUCCAGGCGCCAGGCCACCGCCAGGAUCACCAGGCGCUCCAAAAAGAGAUCCGGCACUUCACAUACACCCAUGAGCAACCAGCUGGGCCUUUACAGAAGCACUUUUCUGAGCGUAUACAGACAGCCCUCUCUGGAGCCAGUGGGCCCUCUGGGGAGUAAGCCCGGCGUAGAGACCUCAACCUUCCGCCCAGUGCCCAAGAGAAGCAGGGCUGGUCUGGAGAUGGGAGAGGACACUCUCAUGCCUGAGGACACAGCAGCAUCAAACUCAUCGGAUUCAGCAUCCCUCGUGCCAAGCAAGAGACAUUCCUUCUGGUUGGGCAACAAUGGACUUAAAGGCUUCCUACCCUCACAGACUCCCCCUCCUGCAUACGACAGUGUCAUCCAUGCCUUUGAGGAGACUUGCACUUGAAUCUGUCCAAGAUGAACUGAAAAAGGAGAACAUUCUGGGAUUACACAGGACUUUCUGACUGUGCUCCGCCCCUUAUCAUUUCUGACACUUUUCAGUGUAAAACAGUGUGUCCUUAACUGAAUAAGAGCCACAAACAUCAAGUCUCAGCCCAGUAUUACAUCAUGAGAUAUAUAGAUUAGGGGUGCAACUAACGAUAAUUUUCAUAAUCGUUUUAUUUGCAUGUUAAUUUCUCGAUUAAUCGGUUAGUUGAUUUCUCUAAAAUAUUUAAUUUAACAAUGAUAUAAAAAGAAAGACAAGCAGCCGCUCCUAAAACUGGAGAAGAUGUAACAAGCAGUUAUUUUGCUUGAAAAUGACUCAAAUGAUUAAUCAAUUAUAUGACUAAUCAUUGCAGUUCUAAUAUAAUUUUUUGUACCUAAUCACUGCAGAACAUCUCAUGACCCAUGUGUCUGAGGGUAAAUUUUACUUACACACACACACACACACACACACACACACGAAGAUGAGGGAAACACUGUGUGCUAUAGAUAUAUUAUCUAAUAUCACAAUAAAGAUUAAAUGAUGAUUUGAUUUCA